AUUAAAUUAGAGUCGGUGAGCUGGGAUAGGCUGGGAGUUCACUCGGUCCAGACUGCAGGAAAUAAGACGUGGACUAUAAACCCGCAGAAACGGAUAGACAAACAAGCGAAUGACAAUAAAUCGAUGCGGAAAACUUUAUCAGAUUUUCUGCUGUGGCUCUGAACGUUAUUGUUUAUCUGUUUUUAGUCUGAGAUUCUUACAACAUGCCACGGCGGACUGUACAAGAAGUAACUGUUCAAGACGUGCAAAAGAGAAGAAACCCCAACAAACACUAUGUUUACAUUAUCAAAGUGGCUUGGUCUGAUGGCAGCACUGAGAUCAUUUUCAGGCGCUACAGUAAAUUUUUCGACCUUCAGAUGGAGCUUCUGGAUAAAUUCCCCGUGGAAGGUGGACAGAAGGAUCCAAAACGCAGAAUCAUUCCCUUUUUACCAGGAAAGAUUCUCUUCAGGAGAAGCCACAUCAGAGACGUGGCCAUGAAACGCCUGAAACCCAUAAAUGAAUACUGUAGGGCUCUGAUCCAGCUGCCAGUGUAUAUUUCUCAAUGCGAGGAGGUUCGUGUGUUCUUCGAGACGCGUCCUGAAGACCUGAACCCACCUAAAGAGGAACCCAGUGGAAAAAAGAAAUCAGGAGGAGACUCGUCCUCAGCUGACCCGCUGCUGCUGGACCAAUACGUGGCCGUCACCGACUACGAGAAACAGGAGAGCUCUGAGAUCAGCCUGUACGUGGGGCAGGUGGUGGAGGUCAUUGAGAAAAAUGAGUCCGGCUGGUGGUUUGUUAGCUCCGAGGAUGCUCAAGGUUGGGUACCAGCCACAUGUCUGGAAGCUCAGGAUGACCCUGAUGAUUUCUCAUUUCCAGCAGAAGAAGAGGAAAAGUACACUGCAAUCUAUCCAUACUCUGCACGUGAUCAAGAUGAAAUUGAUUUGGAGAGAGGCAUGACUGUAGAGGUCAUUCAGAAAAACUUGGAAGGCUGGUGGAAGAUCAGAUACCAAGGAAAAGAGGGCUGGGCCCCGGCGUCCUAUCUGAAGAAGGCUGACAUUCUCAGUCAGAAGAUGGCUGCUGGUGCCCCCGUUCAUGCCAGCACUAAUGACCUAGAAGUGGCUUGCAAACAGCAGAAUGCCAACAAGGAAAACAAGGAGAAUCAGCGUGACCGGUUUUCACCAUUUUCAGACAGCAAGCGCAAAGCAGGAGCUCGACAGAGACCUCCACCACGCCGGGAUCUUACAAUACCACGAGGAGCGAACCUGCCUAAACCUCCAGUGCCUCCACAAGUAGAGGAGGAAUAUUACACCAUCGCUGACUUUCAGACAACCAUUCCGGAUGGCAUUAGCUUCCAGGCGGGAGUAAAGGUUGAAGUCAUUGAGAAGAACUCCAGUGGCUGGUGGUAUAUUCAGAUUGAUGAUAAAGAAGGUUGGGCUCCAGUCACAUUCAUUGAUAAAUACAAGAAGACUAGCAAUGCUUCUAGGCCUAACUUUUUGGCUCCCCUUCCUGGUGAGAUGGGUCACCUGAAUGAUACCUCAAGCAAUAAUACCAACUCUGAACAUAGUUGGUCCAAACCCCUGCCAGACGAACCUUCAUCCAACUCUGAAUCUUCCACCCGUUCCAAGCUGAGAGAAUGGAAGCCCAACCCGCCCAAGGGCAGCUCACAUUUUUCUGGGCCCUUACCCCCACCUCCAUCCUCACCUACGGCUGAAGAGAAGCCAGCUUUACCACCAAGGAGAGAAUCCAUCAACAAGAGCCUGGAAUUGGAGGACAAACCCAAAGUAGACCUUUCUAAACCACUCCCACCCAAACCACCAGCCCCAGGGGUCAUCGUCCCACUGGUGACUCCAAAAGCAGCUCCUCUCAAACCAGACAAACCCCCAGAGAUGAAGAAGGAGGAGAAGAACAAGCAACUCUAUCUGCGCAAUGAAAUGGGCUUGGAGUGUGGCCACAAUAUCUCAGCCAAGGAGGUGAAAAAGUUUAACCUAAAGCAUGUGGCCAAGCAGCCUCCCAAACCCAAACCAGAUUCGCAUGAAGAGAAGCCUGAUUCGGCCAACCCAGCCCCGUUCCUGAAGCCAAAACCAGUGGUCAGACCAAAGCCCGCCCCAGCAGUGAAACCAGAGCCAGUAGCUAAGAAUGAUCUGGACAUCACAAACCUUCGGAGUAAGCUGCGUCCGUCUAAGCCUCCAGAGCUCAGCGGCAACUCAAGCGAUCCCAACCAACAGAAUGAUAUGUCAUCCAGUAACCCCCCAAAUAAUGGUGGAACAAAUGGAGAGCCAAAAUGCCCCCCUAAGCAACAAAACGGCCAUAACCCAUUAGAAAUAACUAAACCGCCAAAAGAGCCUCCCCAGAGGCCGUCUGUGGCACCUAGAAGACCUCCACCACCAAAGAAGGGUUCUGAGCCAGCCAGUCCUACAGACACCAAAGCUCCGCAAAAAGACUUGCCGGAAGCCAAGCCAGCUGCCCCUCCUCAGAGCAGACCCCCGCCACCCAAAACGAAAGCCUUCCCUUUGCCUGUCUCCAAAGACAAGGAGAAGGAGGAACCCAAGCCCAAAGUACCUGUGCCACCAAAGCCCCUCAUUAAGACGGAAAAACCAGGGCCUCCGAGAGACAAACUCCCACCCCUUAUCAAGGAGCCAGCCAAAGAGGAGCUGUUCUUAGCCGUGGCAGACUUUGAAGGAGACGAGCAGACGCCUGGAUUUAAAGAGGGCGCCGUCUUCGAAGUGCUGGAGAAAAGUGGUAGCGGCUGGUGGUUUUGUAAAAAUGUGAGUGAUGGGCCAGUGAUGGAGGGCUGGAUUCCUUCCAAUUACCUGACCAAGAAACCUUAGGUACUCUUGACAUAGCUGCCUAAAGAAAACUUAUUUAAUUAACAUCUUUUAUUUAUGGGUACCUUUUUUAAAAUUACAUUCCAUCCUUUUGCAAGUUCAAACAGGCCAUAAUAAUUAGUUUGCUUGCUUUUUGUAUUUUGUAACUCUGCCUUUUAGGGAAAACCAUGUGUGCUUUAUAUGUAACAUCACGUUACUUGCCCAUUCUUAUGUUAAUCAAACCUUAUAUGUAUCGCUAAAGGUUUAAGUGACUAGCAAUAUAUAAAUGACUUUUCACAGCCUCCAUGAUAUUGUGCCUCAGUAUAAUAUGCAAAGCGUUCUGUGCUUUUUGCGUAGUAUAUGCAAAUAAGUAAAACUUGAUGUCUGAGCAGUGUAUAUCAGCAGAUUGAGUCUAGAUUAGAAUAUGAUUCUAUAUUACGCAUACUACAAAACCUUACAAUGAGCAAGUUUGAGCUUAAACGCCAAAAUCAAAGCCUAGAGAACUUGUUAAACACGUAUAACGCUACAUUUCCAUUUUGAAUCUUUUAGAUUGCAGCAAAUAGUCAUAAAAAUUGGUCUGCUUUCAGGUUCUAACACUACAAAAAGUCUAUAAAUCUACUUUAAUUUUCAAUUUUUUGUUUUCAAGCUGCACUUUUUAUAGGAUUUGCAUAGAACUCUGCACUGUGGAACUGAUGAGUAAAGAGAAGAUGCAGAAUGAGGAGAAGCAGGAAACGCAUAGACACAUGGCCUAAAUGUUUACAGAACGUUGGCACCCAUUUCUAUUCUUAUUUCAUUUAUAUUUGAUUUCUGUCAUGAUAAUGUUAUAGCAAACAUUGAUAUAAAAAGCAUUAGUGAAUAAUGGAUUACCUCAGAGCAGCCAUAAUAUUGUCAUUAUUUUAUAUGUCAGUAUUGCCCAAACAAAGUAUUUUCAUACCAUUGACUAAAGGUGCUUAGAUAUUUUACAAUCAUUGUCAAAUGUUUUAACAUUCAUGCUUGACUGGUUUCAAGCAUACAUUUGAUAAACAUGUUUAUUGUUAACACUACAUUUGGAAAUGUGGGGUUUCUUAUGUUACUAAAAUGUUUUUGUGUUUUGUUUUCCAUUCAUUUGUUUAUCAGAAAACUAAAUCAGUGUUAAAUAGGUGCCCAGUCUGACUUGACAAUACUGGGAGCACCAACAAUCAUAUGCUGACUUUUGCUCUAUGGUCAUCAGCUCCUAGUUGCUAUAAAUGCGUCCAUAAAAGCACUCCAUCUUUAAUCGUGCAACAAAUGCAAGUGCCUGAGUUAGGAAAGGAAAAUGGAAGGUGUUCUGUAGUUAAAAGGUAUUUGCUAGAAAAAAAAUAAAAUAAAAUACUAUGAAGGAUAACAGAGAGAAGAGGGUAAACACUGCAAGUAUGAAACAUGACUGUUAAAAUUUGUUUCUAUGUUAACUCGAACCAGUUAAAAAGGAAUAAAUGCAAGAUGACAUGGGUUACCUGUUUUUUGUUUUUUUGUUUUUUCAUAAGCAUUUUUGUGGUGUUUUGUUAAUAGUAUUUCAAGUUGUCUUUUAACUUUUUUUACAUAAUGUAAAUCAAAUAAACAUUUUAAAUAGUCA